CUCUCUAACCUCACCAGGGCAAGACUGGGAGAGAUGGAUACCCGGGCCCGCUCGGCAUGGAUGGCAAACCAGGUCUCCCAGGUCCUAAAGGAAGUCAGGGACCAGUGGGACUCAAGGGAGAUAAGGGUGACCAGGGAGACAUUGGGCCCAGGAUGGUCUUUCCCCGCUAUGACCACGGCUUUAUGUCUGGUGACCAGUCCAACUUUCAGAGACGCUUGAUGAAGGGUGACCAAGGGUCCCCGGGCCCCAGAGGCCCUCCUGGGAACACAGGCAAGGACGGGCCCCGCGGCCCCGCUGGAGAACAGGGUUUCCCUGGUCUCGAUGGUGUGGAGGGACAAGCAGGUGUACCUGGAAAGCCGGGUGAAAAUGGCGAGCCAGGAUACCCAGGGCCACAGGGACCCCCAGGGUCAAAGGGGGAGGCUGGUUUGCUGGGAGAGAAGGGGGAGAGGGGCAUGGACGGACUCCCAGGGUUUAAGGGAGACAAAGGAGAUAUUGGAGAGCAAGGCACCCAGGGAGACUUGGGUUAUCCUGGUGAAAAGGGGGUUCCUGGCUCUACUGAGGUCAUUAACUUCAAUGGGAAGCUACUAGAAGCCUUCCAGGCCAUCCAGACCAUCAGUGUCGGGGGCCCACCAGGUUUACCGGGGCCCCCAGGACCCCCAGGAGGAAAGGGAGAGCUAGGCUUGCCUGGGACAUCUGGACUAGAUGGGGAGAAGGGAGAUAUGGGGGAGACGGGGUCGAUUGGAGAGAAAGGAGAGAAAGGAGAGAUGGGUCUCUCUGGGCCAGGGGGGAAGGAUGGACAGAAGGGGGACAAGGGAGACUCCAGGCUGGAAGAUAACCUGGUUCAGAUGAUUUCUCAGCCAGGCCCUCCUGGCCCCCCGGGACCCCCUGGACCUACAGGGUACAUGGGUCAUCAUGGAACGCCUGGCCCUAAGGGAGAGCCUGGAGACAAAGCUAAAGGGGAGAAGGGAGACAUUGGACCUGCUGGACUGAGGGGUGUUGAUGGCCCUCAGGGUCCCCCCGGCUCCACAGGAUUGGUGGGUCUCCCAGGGACCAAAGGAGAGAAGGGCAAGUCUGGGGAGCCUGGAAUGGAUGGUUUCCCAGGCCUGAUUGGAGAGAAGGGAGACCGGGGAGACAGAGGAGACAAGGGUGACCGGGGGACGGUGGGGAAGAGAGGUCUGAAGGGCGGUAAGGGGGAGCAGGGUCCUCCUGGACUGGACCAGCCCUGUCCUGUGGGUUCUAGUGGGACUAAAGGACUUUCUGAUGAGGAGGUACAGUCCGCUCCUCCUCCUCUUCCUCCUUCUGGCCCUGAGGCCUCCUGUCCUUUGGGGCAGGAUGGACUGCCCAUACCAGGAUGCUGGCACAAGGAGGAGAAGGACGAGGAGAGGAGGAGACAGAAACUCAAACGCAAGCGUCUCGCUCUCUCUCAGCCCAGAGGGGAGAGCAGGCCUGGAGGACAGAGGGAAGACGCGGGAGAAACAGACAGUCAUGGGAGCAAAGAGGACAGACAACCUCUAUUGAGAGAGUCAUGAAACAGUUCCGUGCAAUUCAGUUCACUGAAGAAUAGUGAGAUCCUGCAUUAUGGAAAUAUACCAGUAGAGGGCGACACAGAACACUACAUUUACACUUUCACCUGAAGAGGAAUCCCACCCAUUGGCUGUUGUCGUUUUUUACCACACUCACAGUUGGUUCUGGGCUACAGAGGCAAGAAUUUUCCUAUGAUUACAUAAUAAUAAUAACAAUAAUAUAUGUCUGUGGAUUCACCCGACGGAUAUGAUGAAAGUGUUUUUAUGAUAUGAAGUAUGACAAUUUAAUUUGUUGCUCUUCUUUACUUUAGUGUUUCCAUUUAAUAAAGUGCAUGAUCAACACAAGUCACAGCAUUAUAUAAAGUAGCUUCCCCCAUACCAGCACACUAAGGCAAUAAGUUACUGAGGUAUUUACUUUGCAAAGAACAAUCUCUAACAGUCUUUCCAUGUAAAAUGCCACAAGGCAUCGUUUCUUUAUGCAGAUGGGUUUUUCUUUUUGUGUGCGUGGGUGACACUACCGGGAGUGAUGACAAGUGUGAUGUUUUAUUUGAUUUUGAUCUAGUUCAGUUACAUUUGCAUUCCUGUGCAUGGACGUGUUUGUAUAAUAUACAGAUGCAUACUAAGUUCACUGUGUUAAAUUCAACGUCAGAAUUGAAGGAGCCAUUUGCAGUAUUAACAAAUAUGGAGUAAUCCAUCAAUGAAGAUGAAUAUGAAGUUCAUUUGAAUAUGAAGUCACUUUGUGGUUUUAUAUGGCAUUCAUCAGAUGCCAAAUAGAAAUAUCACAUCAGUAUUUUCUGACAGUGUUGACAGUACAGUGUUGAAGACACAUUUUAUUUAAGUAUUAUCACUUAACCUUAGCUAAAGAGACAUUUAGAUUAAAUACUGUUCUCUCAACAACAGUAUGAAAUCUUGCUGCUGACUUAAAAUUGUAUUGUUUGUUUUUCUUAACCAAUGAGUUUAGUUAUAUAAGACAAGAGUUCACAGACUGAAGUACAAUAAUGUACCCAAAGUCAUUGAUUUAAAAAUAGUUAUACUCGUUGAUCUACAUUGACAAAAAGGUAAUCAUUGACGGUUGGUUUCACUAUACCUACUUGUUUGUUUUUUUAUACAUUAUCACAUCAUGAAUGACAUUUUUUUAUUUUUUUCUGAUUUACAUGUUUAUUUUCUGACUUUAAGGAUUGUCUUUUGGAGAUGUAUCUUCUUGGUGCUCGAUCACUCUUUCUAACUUUAUGAAUUCUCUUUUAGAAAUCUAUCUACUUGGUGCUCGAUCACUCUGCGUUUCUGUUUUUUUCAAGUCUUCCUGUAUGGUCCACACACACACACACACACACACACACACACACACACACACACACACACACACACACACACAAUCACACACACAAUCACACACACACACACACACACACACACACACACACACAAUCACACACACACACACCUCAAUUUCAAUGUCAAGAGCACAUGGCAUAUAUAAGUAACUUGUCUUGUGGGUUUCACUAUACCACAUUUAUGCUAUUAGGAUAAUAUAAUAAACAACCAAUUCAUUAUAUUGUACUUUAUUAAUGUAUCAUUUCCAGUAUUUUUAAUUCACAAAGUGUUAUAUUUGAAACUGGGAUGUAGUGCACAAUCAUAUUUGUUGUUUUCUUCAACCCUGUCAUUUAAAGGCCCAGUGCAGUCUCUGUGAAAGUGUGAACAAAUGUUAACAGUGUUAUUUCCUAAUAGUUCCUGAUUGAAAAUACAAUCUACACAGGACCUUUCUAUUCAACAGGUUUUCAUGGGCGGGAGGUUGGUAAAUUGGUUAAUAGACCAAUAUAAAGUAGACUUUAAACCUCUCCCCAUUUUAAUUCAAAUCUAUUACAGUAAGGGAAUGAAUUGUUACCAAGAAAUGAUUUGAUAUUGAUAUAAAAAAAAACGUCUGCAUUGGGCCUUUGAUGUUGGAUAUAUGCAGCAAUGUGUGUGGUACACUACCUUAACAAACUGGUGUUUCUCUGCAAUAUUACAGGUUUAUUUCUUUGGCAGAUAUCCUCAGUUUCUCAUUUUUUAAGGAAUAAUUGCCAUCCAUUGGUGACACAAUGUCUCAGUACAGUUUAGCGUGUUUUAUAACAAAAAUAUUACAGUAUUAGGUCGAUUUUAUGAGUUUGUUUAUUUGGUUGUGUAUUUGGUUGUAAAAAUAAUUAAGCUAUUUUUGUAACUGCCAUCUUUAUCUUUGUAUUAUGUUACAUCUGGUCAACUCAACAUGUAGACUGAAAUAAACUCCAUAAAAUAUACUGUUA